AUGGCGGACGUGCAGAUGGGGGAGACGAAGACCUUCGCGUUCCAGGCGGAGAUCAACCAGUUGUUGAGUCUCAUCAUCAACACCUUCUACUCCAACAAGGAGAUCUUCCUGCGCGAGCUGAUUAGCAAUGCCUCGGAUGCACUCGAUAAGAUCCGGUUCGAGGGUCUCACCGACAAGAGCAAGCUGAACGCCGCACCUUGUCACACGGUCUGGCACCAAGGAGUUCAUGGAGGCACUAAACCUCUUCCAACUCGCGUUGCCUCCCUCCCUCAAGCGCCGGUGAAGAUUCAGUCGCUUGCCCAAUAA